AUGGUGAACACUGAAGAAAUAUCGGACUGCAUCCGCGGAAGUUCACCCGUUUUAUUACAGAGGAAUGCGUGCUGAACAAAUUGGUGUUCCCGAGCGUUUGUUUAUAACGUGAAUCCGCUGGAAUGGAUCCAGUUGAACGAGAGAGGAGGCGAACGAGAAGAGCCUGUAAACGGACCGGGUCACAGGACGACAGAGCGAAGAGGGGAGACACCAACGUCCUGCGUUCGUUAAGCGUCGGGAAUAUUGAUGACAAUGAGGUCACAGAUGAUUUGGAGCUUAAAAGCGGUACUCUGGAGUGCAAAGUCAUGGCACCGCGGUACAGUCUGCUUCGUGAAGUUGGAAGGGGUAGCUAUGGCGUAGUUUAUGAAGCCAUCGCUCGCAAAUCUGGAGCAAGAGUGGCUGUGAAAAAACUGCGCUGUGAUGCCCCGGAAAACGUGGAGCUGGCUCUGGCGGAGUUUUGGGCCCUGACAAGCCUAGAGAAACGACAUGAGAAUGUGGUUCAGCUAGAGGAAUGUGUGUUACAGAGGAACGGAAUGGCCCAGAAAAUGAGCCACGGUAACAAGCGAUCCACGCAAUACCUCCGCUUGGUGGAGACAUCAUUGAAAGGGGAGCGAGUUUUGUCCUGUCCGGAGGAACCAUGCUAUCUUUGGUUUGUUAUGGAGUUCUGUGAGGCGGGAGAUUUAAACCAGUUUGUGCUGUCGCGGCAGCCUGACCCCAGAACCAACUCCAGUUUCAUGCUCCAGCUGAGCAGUGCCGUGGCAUUUUUGCAUCAAAACAAUAUUGUUCACCGAGACCUCAAACCAGACAACAUCCUGAUCUCAGAACGCUCAGGUGUGCCUGUACUCAAAGUGGCUGAUUUCGGCCUUAGUAAAGUCUGCGCUGGCCUGAGCACUGGGAUGAACCAGGGUGAUGAUGUGGAAAAUAAAAACAAACCGAAAAGCAUGAACAUAAAUAAGUUCUGGUUGUCGUCAGCGUGCGGCUCAGAUUUCUACAUGGCCCCUGAGGUUUGGGAAGGUCACUACACCGCCAAAGCAGACAUCUUUGCCCUAGGCAUUAUCAUCUGGGCCAUGAUCGAGAGGAUCACUUUCAUCGAUGCGGAGUCAAAACGGGAGCUCCUGGGGACAUACGUCCGGCAGGGGGCUGAGAUCAUUCCUGUUGGGGAGGCCUUACUGGAGAACCCGAAAAUGGUGCUGAGUAUUCCACAGAGGCGACGGUCUCAAAUGUCAGAGUCACUACGGAAGCUUCUCCAGGACAUGCUAGCGGUGAACCCUCAGGAUCGUCCCGACGCCUUUGAACUCCACAACAGAAUGGGGCACCUGACAUGUGCUGCAUGACCUAUGACCUCUGAUACAGUGAUGCUUACAGAUCCUCCCGGUCCACACUCUGGUUUUCUCCGCAGGUGAAGACUGGGACAACUGGGUUUUAAAACUGUGAAGCUCCUGGCAUUUCUGAUGUAAUGUGAAGACAGAGACACAGAGACUUUCCACAGGAUAAACAACUUGAGCCCUGAGACUGGACUAGGGCCCCUCCUCUCAGAUACACUUUUUGUUUACAGUGUGGGUCUUUGUAUGUUGAAUGUUGACCCCCCCCCCCCCCUUUUUUUUUAAGGGGGGGGGCAUUGCUGAUAAUUUCACUGGGGGUGUGAAGUGGUGGUGUGGGAUCUGAGCAGUAUGUU